AUGAAUCCUCUAACCUUCACUAGUUCAAGCAUCACUGAGGAUCCGGUAAACUUUGUAGAGGAAUUGAAGAAAAUGUUUGAGGUUAUACAUGUUGCUGAUGCUGAGAGAGUGGAACUAGAUUCAUACCAACUGAAGGGUGUUUCUAGAAUACGGUUUGACCAAUGGAAGAAGGGUAGAUCCAGGGGUGCACCAAUUGUGACAUGGGGUAGUGUGGCACAAAAAGGUAAUGGGACUUCUGCAUGUGUUAAGUGUGGUAGGACCCACUCAGGGGUAUGUCAUGAUGGCUCCACUGGUUACUUUAAGUGUGGCCAAGAGGAUUACUUCAUGAAAGAGUUCCCUAAGAACAGACAAUGUGGUGGAAAUAGGAGCAAUAGAGCUCAAUCUUCUUCAGUUGCUCCACCAGACAAGGCUUCACCUAGAGAGGCUACAUCAGGGAUCGCCAUAGGGGAAAACUAUCUAUAUGCUAUCACCAGUCGCCAAGAGCAAAAGAAUUUUCCAAAUGUUGUCACUAGAAUGAUCAAAGUCCUUAAUAUUGAUGUUUAUUCUUUGCUAGAUCCAAGAGUGACUCUAUUUUAUAUCUCCCAAUAUUGCUAUGAAUUUCGAUAUUGUUCCUGA